CUCCCACGAUUAGCUUCGGAGAGACCAAAAGCUCUCUUUCAUCUUCCCCCAGAUCUGCUGAAGCUAAAAUUUUAGUCAGCAAUCGUCAUAUAGCUAUGGGGAUUAGGGUUUUUCUUCCCCUUCUCCUCUUCUUAUCAUCUGCAAUUGUAUCUUUCUCCCUUUAUGAAGAUCAAGCCGGCAUCACCGAUUGGCACCAACGUUACAUCGGGAAAGUGAAGCAUGCUGUAUUCCACACUCAAAAGACUGGGAGAAAGCGUGUUAUUGUCUCAACCGAGGAGAAUGUCGUUGCCUCACUCGAUCUCAGACAUGGGGAGAUAUUUUGGCGGCAUGUUCUCGGGACUAAAGAUGCUAUCGAUGGGGUUGGUAUUGCCUUGGGAAAAUAUGUUAUUACCCUUUCAUCAGAAGGGAGUACUUUAAGAGCCUGGAACCUUCCUGAUGGCCAAAUGGUGUGGGAAACAUCUCUGCAUACUGCAAAACCUUCAAAGUCACUGUUAUCGGUGCCGAUAAAUUUGAAGGUUGACAAGGACUACCCCAUUAUUGUUUUCGGUGGUGGGUACCUUCAUGCUGUUUCUGCUAUAGAUGGUGAGGUCCUGUGGGAAAAGGAUUUUACAGCGGAAGGGUUUGAAGUUCAGCGGGUUCUUCAACCUCCUGGAAGUAGUAUAAUUUCUGUGCUGGGAUUCAUUAAUUUAUCUGAGGCUGUUGUUUAUCAGAUUGAUUCCAAAAGUGGAGAGGUAGUGGCACAAAAAAGUAGGGUGUUCCCUGGUGGAUUUUCUGGCGAAAUUUCAUCAGUUUCAAGCGAUAAAGUUGUUGUCCUUGAUUCGACGAGGUCAAUUUUGGUUACGAUUGGCUUCGUAGAUGGAGAUAUUAGCUUCCAGAAGACCCCUAUUUCAGAUCUUGUUGAGAAUUCUGGAAAGGCUGAGAUUUUAUCACCUCUUCUUAGCAACAUGCUUGCUGUAAAAGUCAAUAAACGCACUAUAUUUGUGAAGGUUGGUGGCGAAGGAAAGUUGGAGGUAGUAGACUCAUUAUCUGAUGAAACAGCCAUGAGUGAUUCACUUCCAGUUGCGGACGAUCAGGAGGCAUUUGCUUCAGUUCAUCAUGAAGGGAGCAAAAUUCACCUCAUGGUGAAACUUGUUAAUGAAUUAGAUAAUGUAUUGCUUAGAGAGACCAUUCAAAUGGACCAACAAAGGGGCCGUGUCCAUAAAGUUUUCAUGAACAAUUAUAUCAGGACAGACAGGAGCAAUGGAUUUAGGGCCCUUAUUGUGAUGGAAGAUCACUCACUCUUGUUACUGCAACAAGGGGCGAUUGUUUGGAGCAGGGAAGAAGCCCUGGCUUCAGUGACUGAUGUUACAACGGCAGAACUCCCUGUGGAAAAGGAUGGUGUAUCAGUGGCAAAAGUGGAGCACACUCUCUUUGAGUGGCUUAAGGGGCAUGUGCUAAAGCUUAAGGGGUCCUUGUUGCUAGCAAGCCCCGAGGACGUGGUAGCAAUUCAAGAUUUGAGGGUGAAGAGUUCUGGAAAGAACAAACUGACCCGUGACCAUAAUGGCUUUCGGAAACUAAUCUUAGCACUUACUCGAGCUGGAAAACUUUUUGCUCUGCACACUGGAGAUGGGAGGAUUGUCUGGUCCAUGCUGCUAAACUCUCAUAGCAAAUCACAAACCUGUGAACGUCCAAACGGCAUUAGCUUGUACCAAUGGCAGGUCCCUCAUCAUCACGCCAUGGACAAAAAUCCUUCUGUGCUUGUAGUUGGCAGGUGCGAAUCAGAUUCGAGUGCGCCUGGUGUCCUUUCAUUUGUUGAUGUGUACACGGGAAAGGAGAUUAGCUCAUCAGAUAUUGGUCACUCUGUUGUUCAAGUUAUGCCUCUUCCAUAUACAGACUCAACGGAACAACGUUUACAUCUAAUAGCUGAUACUGUUGGCCACGUCCACUUGUAUCCGAAAACAUCAGAGGCUCUCAGCAUCUUUCAACGCGAGUUUCAAAAUGUAUAUUGGUACACUGUUGAGGCAGAUGAGGGUAUUAUCAGAGGACACGUAAUGAAGAGCAGUUGCUCUGGUGAGACUGCAGAUGAGUACUGCUUUACAACCAGAGAACUUUGGACUGUUGUGUUUCCUUCGGAAUCAGAGAAAAUUAUUUCGACACUAACACGAAAAUCUAAUGAGGUUGUUCAUACACAAGCCAAAGUCAACACAGAAGACCUGUUGUAUAAAUAUGUGUCAAGAAACUUAAUGUUUGUGGCCACCGUUUCACCAAAAGGUGCUGGUGAGAUUGGCUCAGUUACACCAGAGGAAUCAUCACUUGUAGUAUACCUCAUUGACACCAUCACAGGACGGAUACUGCACCGUUUGUCACAUCAAGGCUGUCAAGGGCCAGUCCAUGCAGUGUUUAGUGAAAAUUGGGUUGUUUACCACUACUUCAAUCUUCGAGCUCACAAGUACGAGUUUACGGUCGUUGAGAUCUAUGAUCAGUCUAGGGCGGAGAACAAAAAUGUCUGGAAACUCAUUCUGGGAAAGCACAAUCUAACAGCGCCAAUCACUUCAUACUCUAGACCAGAGGUGUUUACAAAGUCACAGUCAUACUUCUUUGCUCAGUCAGUGAAAACCAUCGCAGUGACAUCCACAGCAAAGGGUAUAACAUCAAAGCAUCUUCUCAUUGGUACCAUCGGGGAUCAGAUAUUGGCACUUGAUAAACGAUUUGUGGAUCCACGCCGGACACUUAACCCGUCUCAAGCUGAAAAAGAAGAAGGAAUCAUCCCUCUCACGGAUUCAUUACCCAUAAUUCCUCAGUCGUACGUGACACACUCCCACAAAGUAGAAGGUCUAAGAGGCAUAGUAACAGCUCCGUCCAAGUUAGAGUCAACAACACACGUCUUUGCCUAUGGAGUGGAUCUCUUCUACACAAGGCUUGCUCCUUCAAAGACAUACGAUUCACUGACCGACGACUUCAGCUACGCGCUUCUCCUGAUCACGAUUGUAGCACUGGUUGCAGCCAUCUACAUAACUUGGGUCCUUUCAGAGAAGAAAGAAUUAAGCGAGAAAUGGAGGUGAUUGGAUCCUUAAAAGGUUUUAAUACCUUCCUCUUUGUUUUUUUCACAGUUGUAGAAUGUUUAUGAACCAUUUUUGGCACUCGUAGAGAAAAACCAUUGGCUUAACUUAAAUCCUGAUGUUAGGCUUUGGAAAAUGAGCACACUCUUGCUUUGUAACCUUUUCUCACAUUCUAGAGUUGCACUGAACCUUAUGAAUUUAAAGUUUAUAGAAGCCUCUGUUUUGUACAACAAUAAUAGAUUCCUAUGUUUCUUAGA